GGAUCAAGUCCACAACCUGGGCAUGUGCCCCGAUGGGGAAUCGAACCACAACCUCCUGGUUCACAAGUCGACGCUCAAUCCCUGAGCCACCAGCCCGGCUGGGAGACCUGGUUUGGGCCAGGCAGACACCAUGUGUGAGACCAGUGCUACUUGCUCAAUCCUCGAGGCUCUGUGAUUGUGCUGUGGGGACCCAGGGCUGGUUUUAGUCAGAAGCAACCUACACACCUUGCAGAUUAUGGCUGACCAGAUUGUGUUUGCCCAAACAAAGGCAGACCCUGCAGUUUUUAGACAAUUCUUGAAGCACCCAGUUCUGCAGCCAGUGAGGCCUCUAGGAGAUCUGUGUUAGUUCCCUCAUAUACAUACACAGUUGUCCAUGAAAUUUGGGGCAGGACUAACGUCUUUUCUCCACGCAACCGUUUGGAAGGUCACUGAGAAGAGCUGGGAUAAGUCUCCUGCUAAAAAGCAAUGUUGUAUUUACAAGCGAAAGAGGAAAUCCGGUGCUUCUCCUUGAAUUUGCUGAGGGUCGAGGGGUUUCUGGAAUCGUUUGGGCAUCUUGGGCCAUUGUUCACGAAAAGGUUGGAAGGUGUGUGAAGUCCAGAUCUCCAAGCUUCCUCCCGCAGGGAAAGGGGGCCCUUCUGUGCCUACGAUUUUUGUGGGCUUCAAGUUUUGGGGGGGAAACAAACACAAACGCUCCUCCCCGCGACGGGCGGGGCGAGGCCGAGGCGACGCACCAAUCAGAGCACGCCCUGCCCUAUAUAAGGCGUGAGGGCGGGCCUUCCCUCUCACCGCGCUUGACCCGCCUCCCUGGCUCUCACCUGCGGCCCUUCUGCCCUGGGAUGUCCGAGACGGCCCCUGUGGACCCGGCUGAGCCCUGCCCAGCUUUCAUGGCGAAGCCGAACAUCAAGAAGCGCGGGAGGAAGCAGGUGGUGGGCCUGGCGGGCGUGAACCGCAAGACUCCGAGCCCGUCGGUGUCCAAGGUGAUCACGGAGGCCCUGUCGCUGUCCCAGGAGCGGGCGGGCAUGUCGCUGGCCGCGCUCAAGAAGGUGCUGGCGGCCGCGGGCUACGACGUGGACAAGAACAACAGCCGCAUCAAGCUGGUGCUCAAGAGCCUGGUGAGCAAGGGCACCCUGGUGCAGACCAAGGGCACCGGCGCCUCGGGCUCCUUCCGGCUCAGCAAGAAGGCGCCGGAGCUGGUCAAGGUCAAGAAGGCCGCCUCCGCCAAGAGCAAGAAGCUGGUCUUGUCCAGGGAGUCCAAGUCCCCCAAGGGCUCCAGCGCCAACAAGCGAGCUCCGAAGCCGAGGGCGUCGGCGUCUCCGAAGGCCGCCCGAGGCGUCAGGAAGGCGGCCGGGCCCAAAGGCAGGCCCCCGCGCAAGAGCCCGGCCAAGGCCGAUAGGCCCACGGCCGGGAGGCCCAAGGGCUCCCAGCAGAAGGCCAAGCCCAGGAAGGCAGCCUCUAAGAAGUAAAAGGCCGGUCUUCAAAAAGCAGUGAAGGCACAAAGGAAACCCAAAGGCUCUUUUAAGAGCCACCCAAGUCGUAGGAAAAUGGCGUAGCACUGGGGGCUGCUGGGAGCUCGGGGCGUCCAGGCCAACCUCU